CGAAGCUUUUAUUAAGCAUUCACUAAGGACUAAGUACAGCAAGCACUGAGGAAUGCAAAAAAACUCUGGUCUUCUGCCAAUCUUAAAAAGUACUCUAUAAAUGCUAGAUUAUUAAGGAAAUUAUAGUCUUAUGGGGAAACACAACUCACACGUGGGAAAACCACAGUGGAUCAGAGAUAUAGGUUUGGAGGUCAUUUAGUCCUAUCUCCUCAUUUUGCAGAUGUGCAAAUUAGGGCGCAGAGAAGUUCAUCGACUUCUCACCCAGGUAGUAAGAAGCUGAGGUGGGACUCGAACUCAGAAUGUAGCCCCCAGUUACGCGCAGUUUCUCUGGCACCAGCGCUCCGCUCACGCUGCAGCCCCACCCCACCUCUAGCCUCCUUCGCAAAAUGAAGCUGCAGUGCUGAGUGAGUUACUCGGAAGUCCCUGCCCUAGCCCACUCUCGGCUCUAGGACUUCGAAGAUGUCUGGAACGCCGCUAGCAGCUCUCGAGGCUGACUGAAGGAGGCAGUUCCUAGCUGGGCAACCUCCGGGCUCCCUGCAUUCCAUUCUUAGUGGGAUACACCAAGGGAGGCUGGGCUGGAAAGAGGGAGGGAGAGAGGGGAAGGCCCGCUCCAGGGCAUCAGCUGAGAAACCCCGAUUCGGGUGCGGAGCUUCCGCGCUUCGGAGAGUCGACGCCAGAGGGCGCUGCGACGGCGACGUCAGACGGACAGCGGGGGAGGGGGCGGGGAAGAGGAGGGCAGGACGAGGACGACAACGAGGCUAGGGAUUCCCGGCAGCGGCGGAGCUGCGGCGGCGCGCGGCUGGCGGCUGGCGGCUGGCGUAGCGUAGGUUCUCCCGCGGAACGUCUGCGCGCCGCCGAGUUCCAGGUUCCGGUUCGAUCCUUUUGGUGACGCCCGGCGCGUUCCUUCCUCUUCCUCCCGCCUCCCUCCCCCCCCCUUCCCUCUCCCUCCUUCCCUCCCUCCCCGACGAGGAGCCGGAGCCGCCGCCGGUCAUGUCCGCCCCUGCCGGCGCCCCGCACCCCCACGCCGCCGCCAGCGCCAGGAUCCCGCCUCGGCUCGGAGCGGCGGCUGCCCCCGCUGGUCCGAGCCCGGCGCCGCACUACCAGAACGGUCCAGCACAGAAUCAGAUGCAGUUUCCACCUGGAUAUGGAUUACAUCCUCAAAGCUAUGCUGUUCCCUCAGGACUCUAUUCCCAAGGACCUGGGAAAACUGCCCCAUUGCCAUUGGAAAGCCAGUAUGGUACUGAUUAUUAUUCUGGCCACUACCCAGUACCAACACAAAAUGUUGUGACUCUUGCUACAGGUCCUGGCACAAUGAACAUGCAACUAGGAUCACAGCAGGUAUAUGGCAGGGGCCUUCCUGCUCCUCAUACUGUCGGGUCCACUCCUGGAUCUUUUCAAGGUGGUAUUGCAUCUUCAGCAUCCCAUGUACACACAGGUAUACCCCAGCCAUACUCCUCCUUUGGUAAUCACUACAACAGUCCAGUCGUUCCCUCUGCCAAUUCCUCCAUUGCUUCUCAGGGAUUUCCCCUCACUUCUAGCCAUUAUGCUAUGUCGACUGCUUUGGGUGCUGUGUACCCUAAUGUUUCAUAUCCUUCGGUGCCUGCUGGUGAUCCAUAUGGGCAAGUGUUUACUUCACAGAGUACUUCAGUCAUCACCCAGUUUAAAGAGAAUUCAUUUCCUGGUCAAAACACAGCUGUCAACCAUCCACAGCAACAGCAACAGAGUCCAAUGGGAUAUAAAACUUCAUCAUGGGCAACUCCAGGCCUUCAGUCAACCCAAGACAACCUUUCCCAAAACCACAUUGGAUCCCUUGCUGCAGUAGGCAACCCUUCUAAUGCAGUUGCAGAUUCUUCAUCCAGUCCUGGAAAGCAAAGCAUUCAGCUUUCCAAGCCCAGUCCAGCACCAUCCACAGUUUCAUCAGGAAGUGUUUCUGCAAGGACACAGCCUUCUGCAGACCAGUCAACUGACCCUGUGGCCUCAGGGACACAGCCACCAGAUCUCUUACUACAGGAAGGCAUGCAGUAUGAUGACUAUGUUAAUAACCCAGCUAGCUCUGCACCAACUCCCUCGUCAUCAACUUCAGAUGAUGAGGAAGAGGAGGAGGAGGAUGAGGAAGCAGCCAUUGACAGCUCCUCUACAACCAGUAGUGCUUCUCCUGUGCCCAAUAGCUUUGAUGUCCUAGAAGGUGGGAGCUAUCCAGGAGAAACAUUGGAUGCUCUUUCUUCAUCGACCAGCAGUCCAGCGCCUGCUCCCUCCAUCCCUCAGGCAACAAAACCCACUAAGCCCUUUGGCUAUGGGUAUCCAACUCUUCAGCCUGGUUAUCAGAAUGUAGCACUGAGUUCUGGAGCACAACCUAGUAACCCAACAUACUCUGGAUUCCAGCAAUAUGCCCAGCAGUAUCCUGGUAUGCAUCAGUUGUCAUCCAGUCUAAGCGGAUUAAGUCUCCAGCAUUCCUCUCAGCAACCAGAAAGUCUGAGACCAGUGAACCUCACUCAAGAUAGGAAUAUUCUGCCUGGGACUCCUGUUCAAGCUCCUGUACCUAACUUGAAUUCAGACCUCAAAAAAUUAAAUUGUAAUCCUGAUUCAUUUCGGUGUACUCUGACAAAUAUUCCACAGACUCAAGCUUUAUUGAAUAAAGCUAAGCUUCCUUUAGGGUUAUUGUUGCACCCCUUCAGAGAUCUCACGCAAUUACCAGUGAUAACAUCAAGCACCAUUGUGAGAUGCCGGUCUUGCAGGACCUACAUCAACCCAUUUGUGUCCUUCAUUGAUCAGAGGAGAUGGAAAUGCAACCUGUGCUAUAGAGUUAAUGAUGUUCCUGAGGAAUUUAUGUAUAAUCCCCUUACCCGUUCCUAUGGAGAGCCUCACAAACGGCCCGAGGUUCAGAAUUCAACCGUGGAAUUCAUUGCUUCUUCAGACUACAUGCUUCGUCCUCCUCAGCCUGCAGUGUACUUGUUUGUUUUGGAUGUCUCUCAUAAUGCAGUGGAAGCUGGGUAUUUGACCAUUGUCUGCCAGUCUCUCUUGGAAAAUCUGGACAAGCUGCCUGGAGAUUCAAGAACAAGAAUUGGGUUCAUAACUUUUGACAGCACAGUUCAUUUCUAUAACUUACAAGAAGGAUUAUCACAGCCUCAGAUGUUGAUUGUCUCAGACAUAGAUGAUAUCUUCUUACCUACACCUGAUAGUUUACUUGUAAAUCUACAUGAAAGCAAGGAGCUGAUAAAAGACUUAUUGAAUGCUUUACCAAAUAUGUUCACCUAUACAAGAGAAACCCAUAGUGCUCUUGGUCCUGCACUUCAGGCUGCCUUUAAAUUAAUGUCUCCAACAGGUGGCCGUGUGUCUGUAUUCCAGACACAGUUACCUUCCUUGGGUGCAGGGCUCCUGCAGUCCAGAGAAGAUCCUAAUCAGAGAUCAAGUACAAAGGUGGUGCAACAUCUUGGACCUGCAACUGAUUUUUAUAAGAAACUGGCAUUAGACUGUUCAGGACAACAGACAGCAGUGGAUCUAUUCCUUUUAAGUUCACAGUAUUCUGAUCUGGCUUCUCUAGCUUGCAUGUCCAAGUAUUCUGCAGGUUGCAUCUAUUAUUAUCCAUCUUUUCAUCAUACCCACAAUCCCUCACAAGCAGAAAAAUUGCAAAAAGACCUAAAACGGUAUCUCACAAGGAAAAUUGGAUUUGAAGCCGUAAUGAGAAUAAGGUGUACAAAAGGUCUCUCAAUACACACUUUUCAUGGAAAUUUUUUUGUUCGAUCUACUGAUUUGCUUUCCCUGGCCAACAUCAAUCCUGAUGCUGGAUUUGCAGUGCAGAUGUCAAUUGAAGAAAAUUUAACAGAUACUUCCCUGGUGUGUUUUCAGACUGCACUAUUGUAUACCUCAAGCAAAGGUGAGCGGAGGAUUCGAGUACACACACUUUGUUUGCCAGUAGUGAGUUCACUGGCAGAUGUUUAUGCAGGAGUAGAUGUGCAAGCAGCUGUCUGCCUUCUAGCAAACAUGGCUGUGGAUCGAUCCAUUUCAUCAAGUUUAUCGGAUGCAAGGGAUGCCCUAGUGAAUGCUGUGGUGGACUCCAUCUCUGCCUACGGCACCAUCUCCUCCACUUCACAGCAGUCUGCGCUCAUUGCUCCCACCUCCCUCAAGCUAUUUCCUCUCUAUGUUUUGGCCCUUCUCAAGCAGAAAGCUUUUAGAACUGGUACUAGCACCCGGCUGGAUGAUCGGGUAUUUGCCAUGUGUCAGAUGAAGUGGCAGCCACUUGUUCAUCUGAUGAAAAUUAUUCAUCCCAACCUGUACAGAAUAGACAAACUGACUGAUGAGGGUGCAAUACAUGUUAAUGACAGAAUAGUGCCUCAGCCACCUCUUCAAAAAUUAUCUGCAGAGAAACUGACAAGAGAGGGCGCCUUCCUUAUGGAUGCUGGUUCAAUUAUUUACAUAUGGAUUGGCAAAAACUGUGAUGAUAACUUCAUAAAAGAUGUGCUCGGUUACCCAAACUAUGCAUCAGUACCACAGAAACUGACACAUCUUCCCGAGUUAGAUACACUUUCCUCAGAAAGAACCAGGUCCUUUCUUUCCUGGCUUAGAGAUAACAGGCCAUUGAGUCCAGUACUCCAUGUGGUAAAAGAUGAGAGUCCUGGCAAGACCGACUUUUUCCAGCACUUAGUUGAAGACCGGACAGAGGCUGCAUUCUCUUACUAUGAAUUUUUGCUUCAUGUUCAGCAGCAGAUUUGUAAAUGAAGUGGAACCAAAGAAGAACAUCUGUGACUUUUGAGAAAAGCAUGAUAAGCUGUCAGAGAAGCACAUGGGAAAUUUGGAAAGAAAGCAUUAGCAAUGCACCCCACCCCACCCCCCUUUCUGCAGCUUGACAGUUAAAGGUGAGGCAUCGUCCUCUAAAAACUUGACAGAUUUUAUUUCAGCCUGAAUUAAAAGAUAGCAAUGAUGAUGCUAUUAGCACUAACGACAUUUUGAAUUGGUUUCUACACAUUUGCGAUAGUGCAGCAGUACAGUCCUAGUAAUUGCAAGCUGGCAAAUUUAUGUAGCUAGGUGGAAUGAUAUUUCAUAAUGGAAAUUAGAUAAAUCCUUUUUUUUCUUACAUUUAAUAGAAUAUUUCCGGACUUAAAACUCUGAUGAGAGAUGCCAAAGGGCAAUGGCACCAGGUUAUUUGUUUAUAUAAAUUACUUUUUAACAAGGAAUGAUUCGUAUUCAUUAAGUGGAUCCACCAUUUUCCCAGUGAAGACUAUAUAGAAUUUCAGUACAUGGACUGUAGAAAUAAAAUGUAUAAUGUACAUAAAUGUUACAUUUGUAAAGAAAUGUAAAAAAUGUAACUACAGAAUAUGAAUUGCUUAAAAUGUGCUACAUUGUUGGAUGUUUGAUGACAGAUCUUUUUGUCCCAGUUAGAGAAUGAGGUUGACUAAUACAUAUUAAGAAUGGAGUCCACAUAAGAAACACUCUUUGUAAUUCUGUUCAAUCUUUUAUGUGGAAUUAUUUAUGAUCACCUUACUAAUUAAAGAUAUUUUGCUUGAUUGUGUGUGUAUUUUUUGUAACUGAUAUUUUUACAUGUCUGAGAUGUUGGCUUUGGUAACUUGUGGGAAUUAAUACCUUGAAUUUAAUACUCUGUAUGUCAGUAUAUUUUCAUUGGUCUAUGACUAUCGUAUGUGUUCAGUUUCUAAAACCAAAUAACUUUUCAAAAGAGAGCUAACGACUGCUAGUGUCCUCUAUCGCUUGCCUCUCCUUGUGCUGGUGAAGGAAACAUUCUCAACCAUCACAUUGCUCUAACUUGAAGUUUUCAGAAAUGACAUGACCGGUUUAACUGACUUAUAGAAUUACCACCUUGAAUUUUUAUAGUGCCUUCAUUCAUUCUGAAGAAAUGCUUCAACAGUUUAGUAGUUAUUCAUUAAAAAUUAAUCAUCCAUUACCAGGAAACUGAGAUUAGAGACUGUUACUGUUACUGCUAUAUGUAAACCAGAGUUGGAUUAUGGAAGGAUAAGGAUGCUUGGUGUAUAUGUACCUUUUCAAAAUAUAAAGCCAGUGGUCUUGCUGUCUUUGUACUUUGGCUUAUUUCAUUUUCUUGGAUAAAAUGUGCUUUUUUUUGUCUUUUGGUUGUGAUAGAACUAUAGGGUCAGAAAGCAUCGAUGAUGGUUCUCCACAAAGAAAAUCCACUGAGCCUCACAGAAUUUUAGCUUGAAGAGACUUCAAAGAUAAUUUUUUUCUAACUCGUCAUUUUAUAGAUAAAGAAACUGACCCAGAGAAAUAAAUCAUGUUCUAUCCUAUGCAUUUUGCCCCUUCAAAGUUGAAUAAUAAAAGUAAUGGUUUUCUUUCCCCUUA